AUGCCUUCAGAUCGCAGCCGACACAGACAUUCGACUUCGGGUGCUGGUGCUGGUCGGCGUCCAUCGACGUCGUCGACAACUAGCAGCCGCAGUAGUCGUAGCAGCAUCGGAGCAAGUGUCUUUGACCAUCCCGGGGCACACUACUACCAAUCGUCCCGGUACUCUGUGUACACGGAGCUCUCAUCCAUACCAUCAGAGUACCCACAGGAGCAGCUGGAACCGGAUGCUGCGGUGGACGAUCUGCGUGACCUCCAUGUAUUCUGCGAGUUCGCACAGCUCCUGAAUUGCACUCAGACGUUUCGUGGUAAUGAGUUUGAUCAAUGGUGGGCGCACACCAUUAGUCAUCUCGGAAACCGGUUUCCCGAACAGAGUGGCUGUCCCUUCUGUAGCAACCGAUUCUUCAAUUCUACCAUGAGUGGCAACGCAGGAGCAGCCUUCGAUGCCAGGCUUUUACACGUCUGGGAGCACCUUGUCAAAGGCGGAGUGACCGAGGCGGACUUGCGACCUGAUUAUCAGCUGUACCAAUUCAUGUACAAGCAUGGUCUUGUGUCGCUGAAGACUUACAACGAUAGUCUCGACUUCAUGCCGCACAUCCCAAACCCAGACCACGAUGGUCAGACCAUGCCAGUAUUGUUCCCCAACGACGUUUGGAAGGACGAGGACGUCGUCGUCUACUCCCAUGGCGACCGUUCGCGUUUGCGGAGAAGGGGGUACUAG